AUGAAAGUGUUUGUGACAGUUGGCACGACGGAGUUUGAAGACUUAGUCACCCAAUUUACCGACGGUAAAUUCCUUGAACUAUUAAAAAUGAAGGGCGUUGAAGAAAUAACAAUUCAAUACGGCCGAGGGAAAGUCAUUCCACAAUCGACCGAGUCGAUGAAGAUAACGACAUUUGGACUGAAAAACACGAUCAGUGAGGAGAUGCGAAGUGCGGAUGUCAUUAUAACACACGCUGGUGCUGGAUCUGUCAGUGAGGCGUUAAGUCUGAGGAAGCCGACGAUAGUCGUCAUCAACGAUAAGUUGAUGAACAACCAUCAAAUUGAAAUGGCGAAGAAACUUUCAGAUCUUCACGCCGUGACUUUGUGUGAGUCACCUUCAAGUCUAUAUACAGUGAUUGCACAGUGCACUUUUGAGAGACAGAAAGACAUUGUUUUGGACUCUAAGAGUGACAAAGUUAAGAUCGCCGAGUGCUUAGAAGAGUGGUGCGGACUUAAUACAAAGAAAGAAGUCUGCGUAGUCCUUGGAAGUGGUGGACAUACUUCAGAGAUGCUUCAUAUACUUACUCCACUCGAUGAAAAAUGUUCUAAUAAUAUAAUUAGAUAUGAUGUCAUUGUCGCAGAGUCCGAUACGAUAUCGCAGACUAAAAUGCUCUCUUUAAAAGGAAAAUCUGUCAUCCACAAAAUCCCAAGAAGUAGAAAUGUCGGACAGAGUUAUAUCACAUCGGUGUUCACUACAAUCUACGCGUUGAUCAUGUCUGUUGUUUUGACUUUUAAAUUGAAACCAGACGUUUUGCUUUGUAAUGGACCAGGUACUUGUGUACCUGUUGUGGUAUCUUGUUGGUUCUUGAAUCUUUUUAGAACAAAGAAAACAAAACUGAUUUACUUCGAAAGUGUUUGUAGAGUCACUUCACUGUCAUUAACAUCGAAAAUAUUGAAAUACUUUGUUGACAUCUUUGUGGUGCAAUGGGAAGAACUUCAACAAUUAAACAAGAAGGCUCUUGUCCACCACUUCUUUUAUUCUAUCAACUAA